UAAUGCUAUAAUCGUCGUGAACAUUAGUAUUUAGUAUACAUUACAAAAGCGUAAAUUCUAUUCGAUCUCUUUCACUCUUAUUCAAAUUUCAUUGGUAAAAUUAAGUAAAGAAAUAAUUUGUGCUCAAGAUCCAAAUAUUAAUUGUCAUUACACAUUUGUUAUCAGCAUACAAACUUCAGAAAUGAGAGUUCAUAGUUCAGUCUUAAAAAUAAAUAUUAUUACGUUAAUUUUUAUUGUUAAACAAAAGUGAUCUUCAUUAUAUCAAUAACAUAUAAUGAACGCUAUUGUUGGUAUUUGCCACUUUUGCGAAGCACACGGUCCCCGGCCUAUUUUUUGUACAUUUACUACAGACAACGAAAAGAACACUACAGAGUCUUCCAAAGCUAAUGUUGAAUGCAAUGGAUGUACUUCCCUGGGUCCUGAGACUGUUUUGGUAACGAAAGAUGAUGAUGGCACUAUAUUCUGCAGUCGAGAAACAGUUCCUAAUAUUGAUGUGACAUCGUUUCUGAGGCAGGCAGCUGUUAGAAGUAUUACCUGUGAGGUAUGCACAAUUAAAUCAUGCUGGACUUAUAUUAUAUACCCCUAUAUAAAAAAAUAUUAUCCAUAUCAGGUGAACUGGAGCAAAGAGGGUGGAGUUGUAUACUUCAGUGAUACUCAAGGCCAUGUCCUCAGCCUCACGUUCCAAUUGCGCGACACACGGGCGCGUGGGCUCAAACGAUGGUUCUCCAUAGUGGUCCUCAUGAAGGACAAGAUGUUACUGCUAAAUAUAACACCAUUAUUGUCUGAACAUAUGCAGAACAUAGCAAAAGAGUUGCAGCAAUUGGCUGAUGUUGUUUUUGAUGAUGAGCAAAAGGUUUGUUCACAAAGAGCCUUGAGGUUACAGACAGGCAGAAAUGAUUUUGGACAAUCAAGAUCUCUGAAACAGUUGACAGGUAAUGAGGAUGUGUUCAAAACUCUCCACUCACACUUUGCUUGGAUGCUAAAAGCAGGGGCGCACACAUACACAGAAACAUUGUAUACCAGCCAAGACCUGUUGAGAAAAUUGAAUCCAAAAACAAUCAAUGGGACAUCAUUUGAGGAUGGUGCAUGUGUUGUACCUAACAAUGAAGAUUGCAUAUCAUUGAGAGCACUAGAGAACUUACUUACAAAAAAUGUUUUCAGAAUAUUGUUGUACUGUACUUUAAUUGGAGUGAAUAUUGCUAUAAGAACAAUACACACAGAUGCAUCAAUUAUCAUGAAGGGCUUAGCAAGACUAAUGCCAGUAACAAAUACACUUUCACAUAUCAGAAUAUUUAGAGGAGAAGAUCCUUCCUCUAAUGUUUGUGUUUUAGAAGAGGUGAAUCAAUCUACCUAUAGCUGUAUAUGGGCAGAAGUUCUCCCAAUGAAAUGUCCUACAUUGAUGAACAAAAUAGAGAAUGCUAUGUGCAAUGAUAAAUUCAAUGAUGGUGUUUUACAUCAACAUGUAAAAUCAUUGGUCCUAGAAUGGCUAAGUACUGCAAAAGCAAUAAAAGCCACUAUGUCAUCAGCAGGUCACAAAUCGGAAGCAGUUACUAAAUUGAAACAAGUACUUGGUGUUGCACAACAUGAUGAGCAGCUUUUAAAUUUUUGGAUGUAUUCCUUUUGUGAUUAAAUUUCAAUGGAAAUGUU